AUGUUCCAGAAGACCGACGUCGGCCUGGCGGUGGUCUUUGCGCUCUUCGUCGUCCUCACCGUUUCCGGAAACGUGCUCGUGCUGGUCGUGAUCAAGGUGACUUCGUCCAUGAGGAGCCCCACGCAUCUCCUCAUGGGGAACUUGGCAGUGAGUUACAUCGUGACGGGAAUCCUGGUUCUGCCGUUCUCUGCUCUCAUUCAGUUCGGCGGGGAAUGGAAGUUCGGCCAUGCUCUGUGUCGGAUCUGGGUAUUCCUGGAUAAACUGUGCUGCGGGGCGACGGUCUUGUCCCUGUGUGUGAUUUCAGUGGACCGAUACAUCGGUGUGAGUCGACCACUAUCGCACGACCGAAUCAUGAGCCGAUCCCGGACGCAGUGGGCCAUCGCCUUGAUUUGGUUCAUCAGCCUGGCGAUGAGCUUGGGAAUACUCGUGGGUUUUGAAGGGAAGCCGGUCAAAAUGAACUUUUGCUCGGUUACGGUCGACGCUUGGUAUAUCAUCUUCAGAGCCAUCGUGAAUAUCCUCAUCCCUUCCGUCGUCCUCCUCGUCUUAUAUUGGAAAGUGUACCGGAGGGCCGUCUCAACUCUGAUGCAGGACCGAGACAAAUUAGACUGCGAAUCCCUGAGGAUCCAUCGGUGGGAAACCAGCACGAUGUCGGUCGGCCUCAUCUCAUCUGCCGACCCUAACCAAAGUUUCGAAUCCGGUUUGGACCCUGCACUUCAGUCCGCGAACGAAACGCGGAAGAACUCCGUGGCGAGCGCCGUCAAGAUGAGAUCUCACGAUUUCCUGCAUCGUCGGCGUCGACCGAGCAACGUUCUCAGAGAAACCCGAAGGUGA